AUGUCGAAAUCGAAAUAUUCGAUUUUUCCGAAUUUUUCAAAAUGUAUUCCAUUUUUCUACAGUACUCUAGUUAUUUUAUUGGCGAUUGGCCAAGUUUUGGACAUGCUUUACAGUCCGAAAUGGCGAAAUGAGAAAGGAUUGUUCGUUUUUGUCUUCGGAUUUCCGAUUUUCAAUAUUUUGGUUUUCCUGGCAUCACUUUUGCUCAUUUGGAUUCUCAAAAAGAUUCUCAACGCUUUAUUUGGAUUUUGUCAUUUAACGAAUGAGAGAAAAUGGAGAAUAUGGCUGGGAAUCGGAUAUAUUGGAUGCCUUUUAUUUGGCUUUUUGCCAAGGAUUCGAGCGCUUUGGGCCGGAGAUCUAAAAGGAGAUUUAUUGAUCACUAUCAAUGUAUCAAUGCUGUGCGCAUUUGGAAUCAUCAUUUUCUAUUGCUUCUUCCUUUCUCCCGCCAAAAAAUCUCUAAAAAUCUUUUUUAAUUUAUCUGAUUAUCUAUUUUGGACCCUUCUAAUUACCCAAUUAGUCAUUAUGAUAAUCAAUUUGAUUUAUGGAAUUUCACUCAAAGAUUCGGAAAAAAUGAUAAUGAUUAUGGUCUGUGAAUUGGCAUUUUCCCCAGUUUUUUGCUACAGUACUCUGGAAUUUUUGAUGAUUUGGCGAGGAAAUUAUGAAUUCGAAAACACUGAAAAUCAAGGAGAAGAAAUGCAAAAAUUCAAUGAUUUGGAAAAUGGAGAAAAUUCGGGAAACUUAAAACUGGAAUGCAAAAUAUGUGAUCUCGGCUACAGCACCUACCGUACUCCGCGAAUUCUCAAAGAAUGUGGACACACGAUUUGUGAAAAAUGUAUCGAGCAAAUUCUGGAACAAGCUGAACAAAAAUUGGAAAUUGAUUGUCCAUUCUGCCAAAAAACUACAGUAAUCCAAGGCUCCGCCAGUGAUCUCCCAAAGAAUUUCGCCCUCAUCGACAUUAUAAAUAAUAUCUUUAAUUGA